GUAUCUAGUGGCAAUCUCUUGAGUAAGUUAGUGUCGCUCGCUAGUGCGAGUAUAGCCAUCUCCGCUUCUUUUGAUGAAACUGAUUUAAGAACACUGAUUUCUACAAGGCACUCGGAUUUUUCUUCGUUUAUUAAUUGCCUUUUUCGGUAUAGAUUGUUUCACUGUGUUUUUGUAGAUUGCUCAUGCAAGUUGACAGCAGUUGACAACAGAUACAUUUUCUUGGUGAAGGCUAUACGCACCGUUCUCGUCAAUGGACGGAAAACACCAGUAGAAUAUUAUUUCAGAGGUUGUGCAGAGAUGUUGACAACUGUUCAACUUGUGUGAACGGUUCAACGUCCUACUCCCCCGCAUUAAUACAAGCCUCGCUAGGCUUUAUCGUCACGUAAAUUUUUCCAAUUGAUAGAAGCUAUUGGUCAACUACAGGGCAUGGAUCUGAGACCAGAGCUCUCCACGGCGCCAUCGGGAUCUCAGGUCCACCCGGGAGCCGGAGCAUCUGUCAACAUCCCGGUCUCCAUGGCCAGUAGCCUCCUGCGGGGUCCGAUGCUACUCCAUCGAGCAACAGAAAAGUAUCCUCGCACCCCGAAGUGUGCCCGGUGCAGAAAUCAUGGCGUGGUAUCUGCACUUAAGGGCCAUAAACGCUACUGCCGAUGGAAGGACUGCAUGUGCGCCAAAUGCACGCUUAUUGCCGAGAGACAGCGCGUAAUGGCCGCACAAGUGGCUCUACGUCGACAACAGGCACAGGAAGAGAACGAAGCCCGGGAGUUACAGCUCCUGUACGGGACAGCAGAAGGGCUUGCUCUGGCCGCCGCCAAUGGCAUCAUUCCACCUCGUCAGAAUUAUGAGGUCUUCGGUAACGAAAGUACCUCAGAAUCCAGCAUGCAGAAGUAUGAAUUGUUUCCCAAAUCCCAAUUGUCGGGAUCAGUGAACCAGCAGCAAACCGUGGGUAAAUCAGUUUCCACUGACAGCGAACCAGGCAUCUCCUCCCCAGACGCACGUCAUGGCUCGGGCUCUGAGAAUGGAGACGGAGAGUCAUUCAUCAGCUCCCCAGUCUCCAAGGCUCUGAAAGACGGAGAAGAUACUCCCGGUUCGAUUAGCCCCAUCGGCUCUGAUUCGGGAUCGGAGACCGACAAAGAUGAACAAGAACCAUCCCCGUCAUCUGCCGCUGCAAGACAAAUGAAUCCCAUCGACAUAUUGACCAGAGUGUUCCCAAGCCACAAGCGCAGUGUUCUGGAACUGGUUCUACAGGGCUGCGGGAAAGACGUGGUGCAGGCCAUCGAACAAAUUCUGAACAACAGUGGACAAGCAAAGGCCCCCCAGGAGACGUGGACAGCGGAACGGAUGCUCCAGAGCACACAGCCGCCCCUCUCCUCCACUCCAAGGCCCAUGUUACCGGGUGCCAUGACGCUGAGCAACCGUUCCGCCUUCUCCCCUCUACAGCCAAAUGGGCCACACUUUGGCGCGGAUCCUAGCACCUACCCCCUAAGCACUCAUCUGGGACUAAACCCCUUGCGACUAGCUUACUCGGCCCACAGCAGAGGGCUCACCUUCAUGACACCCUACUCCACCACGGGGUUAAUGCCAACUCUAGGCUUCAGGCCGCCCAUGGACUACGCAUUCAGUGACCUCAUACGAGACAGGACACUCCUGCACAAGGACCAGGGCUACACCAAUGGGCUGUAUGGGCCUCUCGUCAACAAUACCCCUGACAAACCGUGAGACAGCGCUUUGAUGCAUUGUGUCAUUAGCUCAGUUGUUUUGGAACUAUGAUUCAAGUGGACACAUUUAGAGAGGGACGAUGUAUUUGUUGUCACAAGUGUUGAGUGUUCUUGAGAGAUCAGUACCGCGAUAGCUACUCCUGUACAUAAUGCCCUGCUUUUAUUAGGUUUGCUUGCCUAAAAUGGCACGACAAAACAACCUCACUUAAAUAAACACACCUUUGUUUACUCAGAGAUAGCUUAUUAUUCUGUACCAUCAAUGCCAAUCAUAGCUUGUUACCUCACUAAAGAGGUAGCAAUCCCCCCACCCCACAAAAAACUCAGACAGGCAAACAGUUUAUCACCCUUUAAUGUAUAUGCAGUCUCAUAAUUUUGGAGUGCGUAUAUGGACACAUACACAUUCUAACUUAGAUGUGAUUCCUGUAAAUUGUGAGAUUGAAAAAAGGGAUAUAACCCCCUUUUUUGUCUGGGUUGUUGGAUGAUCCUGGUGCGUUUGUCACUGCAGUUACCUUAACAUUUGAGUUAUACAUUUUUUUUACUGGAAGGAAACGUACAAUUAUACGUAAUAACGAAUUAUUGGUCAAUCUUAAUUAGCAACCUACAUCCAACAAACGAGGUAUAAUUCGGGUGUGUUAAGUUAUUAUUAAUGUGUCUUAAAUUCGGACUGAACAUUACAAUCGGAACGAAUGAUGUUUUACAAAUCUUUUCUGACUUCUCUCCAACCGUAGCCUACAGUGUAUAUUGCAUUUGAUUAUAUAAGAUGAUUAUAUUAUAAUUGUGUGUAUUUUAUCCAGCAUUUAUCAGCUAAAACAAUACUUCUCUAUUGGAUUUAUUUGUGCUGAGCAAGUCCAUUGCUCGUCUGUCAAGAACUGUACCGUCAUGUGAAAUUGCUGGAAAUAAAUGUUAUUUUAUAAAAAA